GAACCGGGACUGCCAUGAGCCGCCUUGCACAUCCGUGAGGGGAAUCAGCCCCUCCGUGAGGGGAACCGGGACUGCCAUGAGCCCCCUCACACCUCCGUGAGGGAGACCGACACCCAGUCCGGGGGUAUCUCCGUGAGGGGAACCGAAGCUGGACUUGAAAAAUGUGGAUUAUAUCAAGGUUAUUUUAAAUUAGAUUUUUUUUUUUAAUGUAAACUCUUUGUAUACUUUCAAACCUAAUCAGCAAGAAAGGAGACAUAAUGAGUGGGAAGACAGCAGCUAGCAGCCCUUAGUCAACGACAUAUGGGAAUUAACAAGCUUUAGGGAUGUAGUAAAUCAAAAUGUUAUGUGUGUGUAUACAUUGAUAAUUUGGCAAAGGACUCGAGGUCUGUAUAUCCUACAGCUGAACUAUCUUCAUUAUAAUACUUAAGAUCAUGCCUAAGGGUCAAAAAGAUCUUGCCCAAAUGCAGACCCUUCCCCAUUGCAUGUGGAGAAGUUAGCUAGCGAUUGGCUAACUUGUAUGGAAAUUACUAAAUAAUCUUAAUAGAGGGAAAAAUACUUAACUCUGAACUUCUGUAAAUAAUGGCGUGGAAAGUCCAGGGGGUGUGUUUGAUUUGUGGAAACCCACCAAGCAUCCAGGCUUGUGCAAGUAAUAUCUCUCUCAAGCGUGGCUUGUUGCACACCACAUAAUAAAUCUGAUUUUGAGGACAACAGGAUGGAAUCGCCUUGAGGAGAACACUUGGAGAUCCAGGCUACACCAGGAGAGACCAGCCCCAUCCCUCCCCACACUUGUUGUUGCACUCUGAACAGAACCAUUCCAGAUCGUUUUUGCUAUGUGAAGAUGCCCUGAGGAGUAAGCCUGCCCCAGGAACAGAUCUUCCACCAGCCAGAGGGAACCAGUGACCCAGAAAUAGAAACUUUACAGAUCCAUGAAAAAGCAGCCUGUUCCAGUUCCUCCUUUUCCCCCCUAGUUUUUCAUCUUUCAUACAGCCUUUCAUAGCAUCACAUUCCUGUUCACAUGUAUGAACUAUACACUCACACGUCUUUUCAGUGCAAAGGCCAUGUAUGUAUCAGUAUGGAUGGAUGUCAUGCUAAUCACCAUUAAUUAGUAGUAACAUACAUCAGCAGAUGAUGCAGAAGGAAGGGGGUGAGCGGACUUGAUGGGUACUACCUCCAGUACAAGCUACCAUCAGCAAUAGUGUAUUUUAACAAUGUGCAUUAAAGGAAAAUACUGGCACAGGCUGCCCAGGACAGUGGUGAAGUCACCAUCCCUGGAAGUGUUCAAAAAAACAUGCAGAUGUGGCACCUGGGGACAUGGACUAGUGAUGACAUUGGCAGUGCUGCAUCAAUGAUCUAAAAGGGCUUUUCCAACAUUUAUAAUUCUGACCCUAUAAAAUACGAGACGGAAAGGAGGAGGGGCUACCAAAUUUCCAUCAUUUGAUGUUAAAUUCUAAAGGAGGAAAACACUACUAACACUUUUUGGUUAAUUCACCAUAUCUGAAGGCAUGAAAAAGCAGGGUCCACUGGGUCUACCUGCAGCUGAAGGGCACUAAUGAGCAGCUAUUACUUAUUUGGCUAAACCCUGUAACCCGAGUCUUGGUGGUGCACACAGGAGACGGGUGAAUGCUGCUGGAUAAGAGCCUCAAGCAGCCAGACUAAAGAUUUGAUGAAAUGCUCCUAUUAUGAUACUUUGCAGCCUGUACCAGUUGGUUACCUGAUCCUCUGCUGUACCUGAGCCUCAUUGUUGCAGCUUUUAAUAACUGAAUAUCCAGAGGAGCUAUAAAGGUGCCUCUGAGGAAGGAACUGACAGGAGUCAGUAUUCCCAGCUCAAAAUGGGCAACAAGCAAACCAUUUUCACUCAAGAGCAACUGGAUGCAUAUCAGGCUGUUUCACAGGUACCGAGAUCUGGCCCCGCAGCUCGUUCCCCUUGACUACUCGGACAAACCCGCCGUGACACUCCCCUACGAGCUCAUCGGCAGCAUGCCAGAGCUCAAGGACAACCCAUUCCGCCAGCGAAUAGCAGAGGUGUUCUCAGAGCACGGCGAUGGCAAUAUGACUUUGGAUGAUUUUCUGGACAUGUUUUCUGUGCUAAGUGAAAUGGCUCCCCGAGACUUGAAAGCUUAUUAUGCUUUUAAAAUUUAUGACUUCAACAAUGACGAUUACAUAUGCAAAUCAGAUCUAGAGAAAACUGUUAACAAAUUAACCCGAAAUGAACUGACCCCGGAAGAAGUCAGCCUUGUGUGUGAAAAGGUGAUUUACGAGGCUGAUGUGGACAAUGAUGGCAAGCUGUCCUUGGCAGACUUUCAGCAUAUGAUCGUACGAGCUCCAGAUUUCCUCAGCACCUUUCAUAUUCGAAUCUGAAUCUAGUCAACCACGGGGAUGGGAGUGCUUUCAACAGCUGUUACUACACCUGAGAUUACCAGCCAUGAGAGCACAAGCUGAGAGGGGCAAAGAGUAACUUCUGGUAACUGAACCACUCAGAGAACUGUCUUUCAUUUAUCUCUUUAAAAGGAACAAUUCAUUAAGCUCUUCAUCAGGAUUUCCCUGUAAUUUAGCAAAAUGUCUACUCCCCACCCUCAGCUAGAGCAAACCUGGCCUGGACUGUCAGAAGGGAAGUAUUUUUUUUAAAGUUCAGAUACGACCUGGAAGUAAAGAAACUUGUAUCAAACUAUAACCUCUAAAAAUUCACCCAAAAAUGCCUUAACCAGUAAAAAAAUCUCUUUAAUUUCAAAAACAUAAGUAACUCAUCUAAUUAUGUAUGGUCUUAAUAAAUGGUCCAAUGAAUCAAUUCCUGAAGUAUUCUCCCACAGUGCAGGAUUUGCAAUGAAAAAGUCAGCAUAGUUUAGAGACAAAAAGAGUCCACCCCAGGUCCUGUCCCUCUUCUCCAUUUUCAGAAAUCCCCUAUUUUCCACACCCACCAGGGUCCCUACGCACAAAUGAUGAAUAGGACUGAAAACUUAAGUUUGUAAAAUUCUCUUUUCAUAAGAAGUUUAUUUAUGCAGUGCUUAGGGUCCUGUACAAGAGAGUAAAAAC